AAGUACACCGUGGUGCUAAAUAUGGUAAAUCCAACGCUGGGUGGCGCCAGAGAGCAGUAAAAGGAAAGCGAGAGGAGAGAGAGGGGGCGCGAGCCGAGCGACUCCCAGGUUGUGUGUCUCCCUUUUCAAAUUCCACUGUGUCAUCAGCCGUGUGAACGGAUGCGUGUGUGUGACCAUCUGAGCCACCUGUCAGGGCGGGAAUGCAACCAAGAAAACUCCCUCGCUGGAAGGAAAAACACAGGUCUCUGCUCCAGAGUCGCCUGGACCUGUGAACGCAUCACUUCAACUUCAGCCGGUGCGCUCGGACGAAAGUGAGCCGCACGGCGUCACCAGGCAAACUGUCUGAGGGGGACAGAGAAGAUUACAGGCGGUCGGGAUUGGGGAAAAGCUUCCCCCCCUUGGAAAGAUUAUCGGCUUGAGCACAUGUGAAGGACAUAUACCGACAAGAGGAUUAGGUCAUGUGCACUCCUGCCUACUUGUCAUCUCUCCAUGUUCUUGUCCGCUGAAUAUUUGCACAAUGACCUUUGGCGCACUUGGAAUACAACGGACGUGGCUUUGAGGGGCGUGCAUUAUAUUCAAGCCGUGAUGUGGUGUCAUGAACCAAACUCCAAUCAGGUAUUGAUGCUUUUGUGAAGUUUCCGUGUGUGUGUGUGUUGUAUGUGUGUGUGUGAGAGAGCGAGAGAGAGAGACUAUGUAUUUUCAGGAGUGUCCUUGGUGCGCGGACGUGUGUGGGACAUCCCGGAGACAUACUGAAUCGGACAGGGGAGAGAUUUUUUUCUUUUUUGAAGCAUUGCUUGGCUAUGAUUUAUUCAUAUGCCUUCGAUGAUUCAUCCUGACAUCUGCUGACGCUCUUGGACUUAAGCAAACCUCUUGGCAUCAUGAAACAGCUCGUCCAGGGUCUACUUGGAGCCGGGAGCUGAUGAAGGGACCCCCACUUCGCUCCUGUGUCCAUCUCGACAGGAAUUUUCUCUCUCCAAAGCCAAACCAUGGUUGGCAGGCAAUAAGGCUUGACAGAAGAUGCGACGGGGCCGGUGGUUUAUCAGAUGGCUGGCGAUAGGAAUGGCCAUCCUGUCUUCGCUAAAUGCCGUCUGGGGCCAGGACACAGACGACUGGCAAUACGAGGAGUGUAAGCUGUCCCGGCCCGGCCCCCCCGCUACGAUAGUGACCAUCGACGAGGAAAGCCCCAAUGGCACGGUUCUGGUGGAAAACAUGCAGAUAAAUGGCCGUGCCCAGGACCCCGGCAGAACCAUCUCGCUGACUUUACUGGACAACUACGACCACUGGGUGAUAUUGGAACCAACCAGACAGAGGCUCUACCUAAACAGCACUGGCCGGGUUCUGGACAGAGAUCCUCCCAACUACAUCACCACCAUUGUGGUUCAGGUCCAGUGCACCAACGAGCUGGUCGGUACCGUUAUUCUGCACGAGGUCCGGAUCGUCGUGAGGGACCGGAACGACAACACGCCGCGUUUUCAGCACCCGCGCUACUAUGUGGCGGUCAAUGAGCUCACCCCGGUGGGAACGACCAUAUUUACUGGCUUCUCAGGAAGAAAUGGAGCCACUGACAUCGAUGAUGGGCCCAAUGGACACAUAGAAUACAGCAUCCUGUACAACUCCAAUGACCCGGAAUCCAACAGCACAGUGAGCGUUGCAAAUACCCUAUCGGGACACAUUGUUCUGGCUGAGAGGCUCAACUAUGAGGAGAGAACACGCUACCUGGUUUUGAUCCAAGCCAAUGACCGGGCGCCGUACCCUCCCAACAGACGCACCGCCACCACCACGCUGACGGUGGAUGUCCUGGACGGCGACGACCUUGGACCCAUGUUCUUGCCGUGUGUUUUGGUCAACAACACGCACGACUGCAACCCCCUCACCUACCGCGCCGCCAUCCCCGAAUUCACCGAACCGAGCAAAUUGAACCCGCUCAAUGUGACCCCUCCAAUCCGGGCAGUGGACAUGGACAGAAACAUACAACCGCCGUCAGACAGGCCCGGCGUGCUUUACUUCAUCCUGGUUGGCCAUCCGGCCACAUAUCCUCAGUACUUCUCCCUGAACAAAACCACGGCAGAGCUGCGCAUCCUGCAGCCCAUCAGCAGGGACUUGUAUCAAAGGUUCACGCUUGUUAUUAAGGCCGAACAGGACAACGGUCAUCCUCUGCCGGCCUACGCUGACCUCGUCGUAGAAAUCCUUGACGAGAACAACCAGGCGCCGUAUUUCCAGUUUGUCACGUACCAGGGCUACGUGAGCGAGUCGUCACCGGUGGGCACCACCAUCUCGGCCGGGGUCAAUCUCACCACACCGCUGAGGAUCGUUGCACUGGAUAACGACGUAGAGGAGACUCAAGACCCCAUGUUGAAGAUAACACUGGACGACUACACGGCCGUCUUCAGCCUUACCUCCGCCGGCAUAAUCCGCUACCUGAGGCUGAUAAAACCCGUGGACCGGGAGAAGCAGAUGACCUACACGUUCACGAUGGUGGCAUCGGAUGGCGUCCAGCAGAGCGGCCCCGUCACCGUCAACAUCUUGGUCAUCGACGCCAACGACAACACGCCUACGUUUGCUCAGGUCUCCUACAGCGUGGAUUUAUUCACAGACAUGCAACCCGGGGAGACGGUACUGCAGUUAAUGGCGGAGGAUGCUGACGAGGGGCUAAACGGACUGGUGACCUACGAGAUCCUGGCUGGGGCUCAGGGACACUUUGUCAUCAAUAAUCGCACAGGCCGCAUCACAGCGGCACCCGGUGUCAGCCUCGCUGUCGGACGAUCUUUCGCACUGACCGUCAAGGCGUCUGACAAUGCGCCAGAGUCCCUGAGAAGGAGCUCCAUCACAACUGUCUAUAUCGAAGUGUUGCCGCCCAACAAUCAGAGCCCGCCGCGUUUCCCCCUGCUCACCUACAACCUGGAGGUGAGCGAGGCCAGUAGGAUCGGCGCAAUUCUGCUCAAUCUGCAGGCCACAGACAGAGAAAACGACCCCAUUGCAUAUCACAUUCUGAGCGGGGAUUCCCAGAAGGUGUUCAACCUCUCUGAAACGAUUGGUCUUCUAAUUUUGGAGAAACCUCUAGACAGAGAAACCAACGACCGCUACCGUCUGGUCGUCACAGCCUCAGAUGGAAACCCUGGAGGGACAUCAACAACAACAGUUGACAUAGUUGUGACUGACGUUAACGACAACGACCCUGAGUUUGACCCCGCGCCCACCGCUAACUUCACUGUCCGAGAAGAGGAGGCCAAUCUGCUUGUGGGACAAGUCAAGGCCACAGAUCCAGACGCAGGGGCGAACGGCCAAUUGGGCUACCGCGUCGUCAAUCAUCCCGACUUGUUUGCAAUCAGCGCCAACGGCAGUAUCUACACCCGGGUGCCGCUUGAUCGCGAGCUCAGGAGCGGCUACGAGCUGGUGAUCGAAGCCUCCGACGGGGCCGCGGACCCCCGGCGGACCACUUUGAUCGUCAUGGUGCAGGUGACGGAUAUCGACGACAACAGCCCGUUCUUCUCGCAGCAGACGUACGCGGUGAACGUGCCCGAGAACAGCCCCGUCGGAACCGUGAUCCUAACGCUCAGCGCUACGGAUUCAGACCUCUUCUCCAAUGUCACCUACCGGAUCAAAUCGGAAUCGGCCCGCCAGCUUUUUUCCCUGAACGCAAUCACUGGAGAGUUGGCCGUGCUGCAGACUCUGGACUUUGAGGAUCUGGCAGCUAUGGGAAUGGGAGCCUCAUACAAUUUCCAGGUGGAAGCUGUCGACCAGGGAGGCGUCACGCCCCCGGGGCAGGCUACCGUCACGGUUCGCAUCACGGAUAUGAACGACUUCUCCCCCGUCUUUAGCCAGCCCCUGUACAAAGGCAUGGUGGCACCCAACGCCGAGAAGGGGACAGUCAUCACGACUGUCUUUGCAGAAGACCAGGAUCCACCGGGCACUCCGGCCAGUUUUGUACGCUACAGAGUGGACCAGGACAGGUCGCCGUACAGCGGGAGCAUCUUUGAUGUGGAAGAAGUGAGCGGAAGGAUCGUCACCAAGGUCAACCUCAAUGAGGAGCCCAGUCUUACCUUUAAGUUGUUUGUCAUCGCCUUUGACGACGGUGAGCCUGUGAAGACGAAUAGCACCUUGGUGGAGAUCACCGUCCUUCAGCCCUCCCGCAUUCCCAUCUUUUCGCAGGAGGAGUACAGGUUUCCUCCCGUUAGCGAGCUGGCACCGCUGGGUACGCCGUUGGGGACCAUUCGAGCUGCCGCCGUCAACCAGACCAUCUACUACUCCAUUGUGGCGGGAAAUGAUUUCGGUCAUUUCCGUGUGAACAACAGAACGGGCGUCAUCUCCACCGCGAAGCCGCUGGACUAUGAAAAUGUGACCAGCUACGUCCUGAGGGUGCAGGCCGACUCGCUGCUCGUUGUCAUGUCCAACUUGCGUGUGCCUUCCAAAACAAACACGGCCAAGGUGCUCCUGGAGGUGCACGAUGAGAACGACCACCCUCCCGUCUUCAGCAGGAAGCUCUACAUCGGCGGCGUGACCGAGGACACCAAGAUCUUCAGCUCUGUGCUCAAGAUAGUGGCUACCGAUCAGGACACUGGGAACUUCAGCGCCAUGGCGUACCGUCUCAUCAUCCCGCCAACGGCAGAGGGCCAGGACAGCUUCGUCAUCGAGGCGUAUACCGGCGUCAUCAAGUCGGCCAUCAUGUUUCGAAACAUGCGUAGGUCGUAUUUCAGUUUCGAGGUUAUCGCCACCGACGACUACGGCGAGGGUCUGAGCAGCAGCGCUGACGUGGUGGUGUCUGUGGUCAACGCACUUGACAUGCAAGUUAUUGUGUCAACCGUCCCGCCUACUUUGGUUGAAGAGAAUAAGGACCAACUCAUAAGUAUCCUGGAGCGUCACGUCCAGGACCAGAUUCCCGGCGCCAAGGUGAUUGUGGAGGCCAUCGGGCCGCGUCGUCACGGUGACGGCUUCGAGCUGGAGGACUACACCAAGUCGGACCUGAUGGUGUACGCCAUCGACCCGCUUACAAACAGGGCCAUUUCACGCCAGGAGCUCUUCAAAUUCCUCGACGGGAACGUUCUGGAAAUCAACAAGGAAUUCCAGCCUUACCUGGGCGAGGGCGGUCGAAUCUUGGAGAUCCGCUCGCCGGACAUCGUGACGAGCGUGAAGAAGGCCGCCCAGGCUGUGGGCUACACGGAGGGAGCUCUCCUCGCUCUGGCCAUCAUCAUCAUCCUCUGCUGCAUCCCCGCCAUCCUCAUCGUCAUGGUCACGUACAAGCAGUUCAAAGAGCGACAGGCAGAGUGCGCCAAAACGGCCAGGAUUCAAAUGGCUUUGCCGCCGGGAGGCAAGGCACCUCCCACCAGCGCUGCGGGGGCCAACCUCUACGAGGAGCUCGGGGACAGCAGCAUGAGGCGAGGCUACGGCAGACAGCAUCAGCAACUGCUGAGACCGUCUCUGCUGAGACCCGAGGAACUCUCCAUGGAGUCCGGCAUCGACCCUGGCCAAGAAUACUACGCGCAGGACUACUAUAAUUACGAUCAAGGGUACGACCUCCCUCAGUAUGGCAGUCGGAGGAGGUUGAUCGCUCCGAAGUAUGAUGAAUAUGGAGAGGUGAUUAUGGAAGAUGACGGUUAUUACUACAGUCCGCAUGGCCUUGAGGGGCGAGGCCGAGGCAGGGGCCGUGGCGGUGUGAGGGGCCGAGGUCCACCAAAGAGGGUUGCGUUUAGGGACGACGAGAGAAUCGAGCAGGCAGAACCAGAAGCGGACGCUGAGCCCUCCAAGGCUGCCAAGAAGCUCAAAUCUGUCAUCAAACUCAGCAAACUCCUCGCAGCCGCCAAGAGAGGAGAGCAGGCGUCUGCUGCCGCUGGCCCGUCUCCAUGGAAGAAAGCCAAAAUGUUCAAGAUGUUCGGCGUGAAGAAAAAAGAUAAGAAUUAUGCCAAACUGAUGUCGGCCCGCCGUAUUGACAGUCUGGAGAGUCUGAGUGACGGGCCGUCGCCUGCGGGACCCAUCGACAACAAGGCGAGCACUCGCAGCCAGCUUGGCAAAGUUUUGAAGAAAAUCAACAUCGGCAAGAAGUUGCAGGCCCGGAGAAAGUCGCAGAGUAGUAUGAGCGUCACUGGCAGCGAGAGGGAUGAAGAGGCCUCACAAGUGACCAGUGAGGAGGAGAAGAAAUCCAAAGUGUCCAUUAGUGUGACGGAAAGUGAGCCAGAAGCAGGUGCAAGUGGAAGCAGUAAGGACAAAGGCUCCGAUGAUGAGUCCUCAGAGAAAAGCAGUGUGGACAGAGAGUACUUGAAGGUGGAUUUAGAUCGGGAUGAUGCCAACGAAAGCACUGUGGACUCUGAAGAAGAGCCUGAUCAAGAUCCAGGAGAUUCGGAUGAAGAAAGCGAGUCUGAAGGGGAAAAAACUGAAAAGGAAUCUGUCAGUGAGAAAGAAUCUGGUACCGAAAGAGAGUCAGAAUCUGAAAAGCCAUCAGGGACUGAGAAAGAGUCUGAAACCGAGAAAGAUUCAGAAUCAGAACAAGAGUCAGAAACGGAGGAAGAUUCGGAGUCUGAAUCCACCAAAGCAUCUGAUUCAGAGAAAGGAACACUGACAGUAAGAGAGAGCGGCUCAGGAUCAGAUGAAGAAUCGGAGGAGGAAAAAGCUUCAGGAACCGUGAAAGACAGUGGGUCUUCUGCCCACUCAUCCAUGAGGACAUCAGCUACUGAGGCUAGCAAGGCGAGUGGUGACAGUGCGAGUGUUAGUGGGAGUAGACGAGGCAGUGGUAGUGUAAGUGGAAGUGGCAGCGAUAGCAGGUAUGAGAGUGGUAGCAGGACUGUGAGCGGUAGUGGAAGCACAACAAGUCGAAGUGCAAGCACCAGCAAAUCCGCAUCAUUAUCUGGCUCAAGUGUGAGGUCAUCGCAAAAGACUAAAACGUCAGGAAGCACGAUAAUAUCUGAGAAGUCCAGCGAGGAGCUCAGUGAGGCUGAAUCAGGAACAGGAACAGUUAGUGAGGUCGUCUCAGGGUCAGGCAGUGAAGGCUCUUGGUCUAAAGGGUCCGGCCAGAGGAAAAUGUCUGCUUCAGACUCCAUCGGAGAGUCGGCCAGCGGCAGUCAGGUGACCGGGGAGAGUUCCUUGGGUAGCAGGAGAUGUUCCUCAAGUACCGCAUCCACCAGCGGCAGCCUGCGCUCCCGAAAGUCCAUCCUCACACACGGAUCUGAGGGCACAAUCACAGAGGAGAGUGAAGAAGACGCAUCGGCAUCGGGGACCGCUGAUGAAAGCAAAGAGUCGGCCAGUGAUGCGGGCGAUGACGCAGCAUCCAGAAGGUCCAGUGUGGUGUCCGGAGGCCCCGGGCCAUCCGCCCCUUACACCGGUCACCGAUAUCCCUCUGACAUCCGGAGCCUCAGUGGCACUUCUGAAGAGACGUACGGAGGAUUGUCACCAAUUGCUGAGGUAGACGAAGACGCCAUCUCCACUGAGAAAUCUUCAGCCAGCGGCUCCGGUUCCGAGGCCGGUAAAGGCACGGCAGAAACCGAGGCAACAUCAGCUGCCGAUUCCGAUUCGGAGGGGAAUCUAACAGCCUUCUAGAAACCACUAGUGUCACUGUGAAGUAAGAGAACAUCAACGGUCUCUGCAUGGGAGUGAACACAUUAGUGCUUUCUUCUCCUGUCUCCAACGUCCACUGAAGCUCACUUAACCUGUGCCACUUUUCUCCAGCAAUAGCAACUUUUCCCACCUACUUAUUUUCCCCUCUCUGAGUGCACAUUUCUACCUCUUCUUGAUCUUGUGAUUGAUGAUUGUUUGAUUGCUGACAAUCAAGGAUUAUUCUUGGGAUCGGUAUUAAAACGAUUAUACACCUCAUCUUUUAAAGCGCCAGCUCAACAGAUUCAAAUGCCAUCAGAGAACAAAACUGUUCUUGUGGGAGCGGUUAGUUAUGACUUUUCUCAGCCAUAACACUUACCAGUUCUAAAGAAAUGGACCAUAAGAAGGUCCAUGGUUAUGGUGGCGAUGAUGCAAAGACAUUGCCAAGUCUUUACCAAUCAGAUAACCUACUGCUCAUCCCUGAACACAGCCAGUAUGGGGCAUCACUGCAUGGUACUACUGAUUGCUACGACGUGUUAACCACUGUUCAUUUUUUUUACUUUUGCAUUUUAGCUCAGUGACAGCAUCUCUCAGCAUCCAUCCUUAAUUCAUGCAAUUCACAGCAAUUUCUUGUUCUGCAAUUUUCUGCAUGCUGCAGUGUUGGCAGUGUGGGGCGUGUAGUUUUAUCUGUGUGUAUCCUCCUCGACGUGUCUCCUCUGUCUGGUAAGACUGCCUGAAACCUCCGAUGAAACUGAGCCAUGUUCUUCUUCUCAGCUGGGGAGAAAGAAGCGGAUGAAAUUGGCGGUCGAUCGAGAAAACGAGACCACCUCCACCGGAGAGGAGAGCUCCGCCGAGACGCAGAGGAGCCGACCUCCCAGCGUCCAUAGCAACAUUAACGGGAACAUCUA